AUGUCGCUCGCGGCAGAUCCGUCUGUCUGUUUUCGUGCGAGUAGUGCUUGAAGCUUACCGCGAAAGAGGGUGAUCGAUACGCGAGUUGUCCAUUCCAGGUGGCUUUCGAUCGUAUGGUUAAUUUGGUUAUCUGUUCGCAAAGCACCGGACAUAUAUUUAGAGGAAGAUUUUUAUGAAGUCUUAAAUGAAUGUCAUUCAAAAGAAGAGAAGGAAGAUUAUGAUAGUGAACCUUUCAUAGACAAAGCGUUGGUGCGCCAAGCUUUGGUAAGAAGCACAUGGAGGAGCGCCUAAGAUAACCCAAAGUCGCUUGGAAACAGAACUUCGACUUGUUUUUACGCAUUGAAACCACGAGCAAACCAGGGGGCCGUAAAAUUUAAUAACAAUUUCGCCUUUUUCGUAUCCUUAUGCGCCGCCAUUCAUCGGCGAUUUUCUCGUGUGCGACCCCAGCUGCUGAAAAACAUACGUAACACGUCGCGAUAGGUUUUCUGUCGAGUAAACGCGGCUGGCUCCAAGUUUCUCAUCUGGAAAUAUCUAGCUGUACCGAGCAGUCAAAUAAAAGUGAUUUUUUUUUUCAUUCGCUUUCAACCAAAUAGCAGAAGCAGUAGAGUGGAGCGAAUUCCUGGAAUCAGCAAACUAUUCCGAAGAACUUACUUUUUGUGGAUGUUGUUUCUUUUCGUUCUUGUUUUGUGGCGUUUUCUUGACGUGUGUUUCGACAACGAAGGAAGCAAAACGAAGUGUACAAAUUGUAAUUACCUUCUAGCUUGAGUAGAAGCUGGGACCCUCGGGAGAGGUCUCUACAAGCGGGGCGCUACCGGCUUUUGCCAGAUUGGAGCCGGGUGUUGUCGUAUGUGUUUGAGUGUUUGUGAAAAAAGGGGAUUUUCGCCUUAAGAUAUAUCGCUGACUUCCGUUUGAUUUUCGGCCACAACUGGAAAGAAUUACUGUGGCAAAAUUUCCAGGAGCAGUCAGUUACGACGAAACAAAUGCGCCAGACACGAUUCGUGCAGUCUUAAUCGGUGGAAACGAAAAUAAAAGUGAAUUUUGGAUUAUUUGUUGCCCUCCGGGGGGUUGAGUUUCUAAUGUGGGAACGUCACGGAAGCAGUGAUUCGAAGAUUCUCCCAAGCAUGAUGGACAGCUGGAUGCAAGAAGUGGUGUCCAUGAUGGCAGGCGAUGGAACGUCUGCUAGAAUCAAACAGGAACUAAUCGAAACGUCUUGCUGCAGCCCUUCGCCAUCGUCUGCGGGAAGUUUGUCCCAGAGCAACAUACUGUACAGUGGAUCUCAAUCGGCCAAGAUGGAAUACGAAUGCAGCAGCAACAACGAUCUAGGGCAGCUCACGGAACUGCACGUGGGAAGUAACGUUACUGGAGGAGGAAACGGUGCCGGCGGUCCACAUUCGCCAGGUUCCCCGGAUCGGCAGUUUUGCAGCUCCACUACCUCGGCCAUCGGAGAUUUUGGAAGCGACAGCACCAACCAGGACCAGGCUAAGGAAGAAAUACCCCGGCGGUUGUGUUUGGUGUGCGGGGACAUUGCCAGUGGGUUCCACUACGGGGUGGCCAGCUGCGAGGCGUGUAAAGCAUUUUUCAAACGAACUAUUCAGGGAAAUAUUGAAUAUACUUGUCCAGCAAGUAAUGACUGCGAGAUUAAUAAACGGCGGCGGAAAGCGUGCCAAGCUUGCCGAUUCCGAAAGUGUCUUCUGAUGGGAAUGCUUAAAGAGGGGGUCCGAUUGGACCGGGUACGGGGAGGUCGGCAAAAGUAUCGGAGGAACCCGAGUGCGAAUCCGUAUCAGCUUCAGUUGACCCAGUCGAAUCCUCAGUAUACGCCGCAGUCGCUGGAGGACAUCAAAAUUCUGGAAGUAUUAUCGUCCUUCGAACCGGAUCCACUCACCAUCGGGCACGGAUACGAUCUGAUGAAUAGUAAUGGCAGCCAAGAUCAGGACGGCGAUGGUGGCGCCAGUAGUGGAAAGGUGUCCGAUUCCCGGAUGAGCAUGGGGGCGGACGCUCAGGAGAUACUUAGUACGCUCAGUGAUAUCUACGAUAAGGAACUGGUGGGCGUGAUUGGUUGGGCCAAACAGAUACCGGGCUUCACCGAUUUACCGCUGAACGAUCAAAUGCGGUUGUUACAGGUUAGCUGGGCGGAACUGUUGACACUGAUGUUGGCCCAUCGGUCACUUCCGUUUUCCGGUCGGUUGUACUUUGCCACCGAUUUCUGGUUGGACGAACGGUCGGCCAAGGAAUGUGGAGCUAUAGACCUUUAUAACCAUCUUGCUCAAAUCACCCAACGAUUGGAGAAGAUCUCAGCCACCAAGGAAGAGUAUUACCUGUUGAAGGCACUUUCCCUGUCGAACUGUGAUAUCCGGUUGGACAACUAUACCGCUCUCAAGAAGAUCCGUGAUAGCAUCCUGUAUGCACUCAACGACUGCGUUCUUCUAAUACGGCACAACCAAGCGGUUUCCCAUCAGCAACAGCUGCUGCUCCUGUUGCCAUCGCUCCGGCAGGCUGACUAUAUCAUCCGGAAGUUCUGGACUAAUGUACACAUCGAGGGCAACGUUACCAUGAACAAACUGUUCGUGGAGAUGCUGGAAUCGGUAUCGCGAUAAGCGGGACACUUGACAGAGGAGCUCUGGACCGCCCUCUCCAGCUAGGAAACAUCAUUGCUCCAACUGGUCUUUUGUGAAAGUUACCUUUUAAAAAAAAUUCUCUGUUAGUGCUGGUAUUGAUAAUUUAGCGUUUUGUGUAGUAAGCGUCCUCAAUGCGAAAAAAGGAUACGUUCGAGUUUUCAUAUAUCUGUUAACGCGCGGGAGCAAUAGUCGAUAGGAAAAAUAUCUUCAUCAUUUUAGUUUGGAAGCCAAUUCUUUGUAGAUAUGUAUCUUUUAUACUUGCGUUAGGUAUUAAAAAUUUUAUUACAGCUUUGUUAAAGUUUCAAUUCUACUCUGAGUGAUGUUCAGUCAAAACAGUUGAAACACUUUUAAUUGUCCAUUUAUGAAUAUUAUACUUAAAACGAAAACGAAAAAAAAAUCAAAUUGCAAUAUCACAAAAAAGUGAAAUUUCGCGCUAGCAUAAGUCAUUUAUCUAUAAACUUAUAGGAAUCUCUAGGAAAGUCUAUCUUGAAUAUAAACUACACAAAUAUUUUUCAAAAAGAAACUUUGUUAUCUGAGGCAACAAAAAAAGUUUAUCAACAAUUAGUUGCACCAAUAUUUCAGGAACGAACUAUAAAACCAAGUUGAGUUACAUCAACUUGAGCCGGAAACUCGAAAAACAAAUAGUACAACCCUUCACCCGUUAGGAAGUUUCCUUCAGGAAUCCGUUGACACAUUUAGGUUAAAAAACAUUAUUUUUACUAAAGACGUAGGAGAACAGUUAUCUGAAGUUACAUCCUACUUAUUGAACCAGAACAUCUUCUAUCCAUCCGUUAUAAAUAUUCUCGGAAUUAGACAUUUCAAAAUAUAGAAAAACAAACAGUUUUUUUUUUCCUGUACACAUUAAUACCGAUAUAUUUCUACAACUCUACAUGCGAGCUGAAAUUUGAAGAAGGACAAAUGGAAUGUAUUCAGAAUACGUUUUGAGCACGUUCCUACCUAUCUUUUCUCCGUUUAUUUUUAGGCUGCAUGAAAAAAAGUUCAACGAAAGCGCCAAUCCAUAUGAGCUAGUCAUUGCAUUGGUCAGACUUUUCGUGUAGAAUUGUACGAAAGACCCUAACGUUUUUAAGAAGUCGACAGAAGCGUUGUGUAUUUACUAGUAGGUACGUAUUGUAUAUAGAAUAUAGUUUGGGGAGGGAGACGUUCAAACAAAUUGUGAAAUCAGGAAGCAAAACCUCAGCGAUGGCAGUCGACAUGGUCGGAUCAAAGCUUUUAACGAGAAAAUAUAACUUGAUAACAAAUUAUCCAUUAAAAUGUUCCGAUAAAGCCCAAAAAUCGGAAGUGGACGAACGGUUCAAAUCAACUUGGAAUUUAGUCUGAGUAUUGUAGAGAAUGAGACGUCAAUAAUGGACAUGAUUAGUUCAAGCACAGCAAAAACGGUUAUGUAGGUAAAUGGUUUGGAAAGUGAAACAACAAGUGCAAAAUCGAAUGAAAUAAAAGUAGAAAUGAUAUAAAACCUUA